AUGAACAAACAAUUCUAUUCCCAACAGUGGAAAGGUGUGCUGACGGGGUUUAGGCCGCUAACGAUGGUCUCGCCAAGGUUUAGCAUGUUCUUGGUUCCACGCCGAAUUUCAUGCAGAUUUGUGCAUAGCACUCCCAAAAAAGAUCACACAACACUACUCAGUAAUGAUAAGCUUGCUACAUUUAAUGUCAUGAGCUUGAAAGCCUUGAAGAAUGAGUGCAGAACUCGAGGUUUGAAGAUUUCCGGGAGGAAAGGCGAGCUAGUUGACCGUAUACUGGCAUUUGAGACCUCAGGGUCGUUGAGCGGUGGAGCCGCUAAACAAGCUGCCCGGCAGCUGCACAUUUCUAAAUCUAUUAGAGCCAGAAACGAUAUCAAACCUGUAGAUGAUGUGAGAAUGCCGGACAUCGCAGCAACCGAAAAAUCGCUAGAGACCCCAGAGCAAGAAUAUAUUGUUCACAUCACACCGCUCUCUAGCAGUGCAGACAAAAAGCCAGUUACUAGGUUAGAGAAAGAAUUAAGCGUUGAAGAAGUCAGUGCAAACGUCCCACCUGCGGUCUCGACCACAGACCACGACAAGGUGAUAUUUCAGGUCGAUGCACCAACUGACAACAUUGAAGUGGUUGAUGAAGAGGCAGAGCUUGAUGCCGACAAGCGAGCAAGCGAAAACUUUGGCUUACACGCUACGAAAGAAGAACUGAACAGCAGAGACAAGACAUUUUUAUUUGGAUUCGCCGCGGCACUCGUCGGCUGGUGGUCGCUUAAAUUUUGGGACAAUAAGGGCAAGAAGCGGAGUUUAACUUGA